CCUGUUAUUUUCUGAAUGUUUCCUGAAAGAUUAGCUUUUUCAACAAAGGAAACAAAGGAAGCUUCCUUUCUGCAAUAAGAGACCAAGUUUUAAAACGAAAUGAUUUAUCAAGUACUUUUUAGUUACUUUCUUUUGCUAUCUUCAUGUUCCUCAAGUCAAACAAAACCAAAAUUAUCACGAAGGUAUCUCGACGGAGAAAGACACCUAUUUGUUAUCGACAAUCUCUUCCCGUCAGAAGUUGUUCGUGGAUACUAUGGCCUUGUCACCUCUGGGAAAUUAGCAGGGAAGAUCUCUUCGUGGUUUUACACAUACAACGAUUAUUAUCAAAACGUUGAGACUUUUAAUACAUCAAGUAAUUCGCCGUGGGUAGCUCCAGUCAAUCCAGAGUUUUUCUCUGAUACAAUGUUGUGGAACAUAAGCCGCGAAGUCGUCGAAAAGUUGUCUGGAGGGAGAGAAUAUUUUCCAUACGAUGUCUCUUUCUCAAUGCAUCGCAGACUGGAUUUUAUAACUGCCACUAGCAAGGGGAACAAUAUAGGUGAAGAUGAACUUAUCAUCAGAAUAUCUCUGAAUAAAGACUUCAAGAGAAAUGAUUACGGGGAGGCUAUUUUUUACAAAGACAAUGGAGAUAUUCUAGCUGCCGUUUACCCCAAAAUGGGACGCAUGGUUGUCUGGAAUGCAACAGUUCCAUUUAUCUUCAAGCCUCCCGCAAUGUCAUAUGUACAAGCCCAAUUUGACAUUCUUGUAAGAGUAACAACAUCAAAAGAGAAAGCAAAACAAGCUAUUGCCGAAACAAAGAGAUUAAUUGAAAAAUCAGAAAGCCAGGAAACUCUAGGAUUUGCCCUUUCAGAUGAGGGUAACCUUCCUGCAAUGGACUUGAGUAAAUAUGAGAAGAGGAGGUUCCAUGACAGUCAGGGUCGAGAAAUUGCCGUCUUUGAUGGUCUUGUUGACAAAUCAGAUCUUGAUGCAUUGCGACUCUUCUUGUUACACUACAACAGUGUUUUUCAAUAUCAGCCUUUUGAUGGUGUGGAUGAAGAACAUGACAAUGUGUCCUGGAUUGCAAUGUUAAAGGUGAAGGACUUUGUAAAAAGUCGGCUGUGGAAGAUUGUGAAGCUGCUGGCCACAUACCUCAGUGGCCUUGAUGAAUGGUAUCCUUAUGAUGUAUCCAUGAAUAUCAUCAGAAACUCACAUUAUCCCAGAAUUCAUGAAGACUGUGAGCCUAAUGAGCAUGAAUACACCUUUCUCUUGUACCUGACCCCUGACUGGGAGGCAAAUAACUAUGGAGAAACCGCAUUUUUCGAGGAGGUUUUAUCUCAAGACGGAACACCGAACCCCCCUGGACAACAACAGUACGAAUGGAUUGCUUCUGUACGUCCACGAUACGGAAGAAUUGUAAUAUUCCGAGGAAUCAUACCUCACUCAGCCAGACCACCGAGCCCUGGGUUUAGUGGGGCACGGUACACUUUUGCUUGUAAGGUUGCUCGCAACUACCUUUUAGCAAUGUCAAAGUCUCUGCGAGAAACACUGGAAUAUCUGGAAAUGGGAAAUAUUGACGAUCCAGCGGCACAAGAACUGUUAAGUGAUCUGAUGGCGGAUGAGGAAGACAGACCACCCUUAUCGAUCGAGUUUAUUGAAAAACAGCUCGAACAUCAUCGGCGAAAGAAGGAAGAAAUGUUUGAAGGACUUCGGAACUCUGCCAUAGAGAAAAUAUCUGAGCCCAAUGCGCCUCUUAAAGAUGAACUUUGAAUGCAAAAUUAUACAAAGCAAAGUUCAUUCAAGUUUUAUUUAAAUCUUAGAUUCGAUUGUAUUUAAUAGGAAGCUAAAACGUAAAAAAUAAGUUCUUAGAGUAAAAUACAUUGAACAAGAAUAACUCCAAUGCUGUAAUGAAAAAUGUCACUUAGUUUAAGGGAGGUUGACAGGCUAUGAGGGAAAGAAAAACAAAGUGCAACCAAGGCAUGUGUGAUUCUAUGCUAGAUUCUCAGCACUAACAUUGUAACAAAAAUAUGAACUGAUCAUUAGGGAGAUUUACGAUGGAGAUCUUGGCGGUAAAAGGGUCAAGGUAUAAAUUUUCAAAGGGUGCAAUACCACAAAUGGCGUUGCACGAAUUGCAGUACAAAAGUAUGUAACGUUCGAACGAAUGAAUUCAGUGUCUCUUUACCCAUAGCGUUUGAACAAAGACUGACUCUGAUCUUCAUACAUGGGUGUUGAAAACCGAGGGUACGUGAAACAAGAUAUUUAUGAGAGUUUUGUCGACACUUUAAAAGGGAAGCAUGCUACAGGAUCCUCUUUUUAAAAGUAUAUGAAAUGCCAGCGCGUUUCAGAAUCGCACGAAAACUUGUUUUCAAUAAGGUUGCUGUAUACAACUUAAAGCAAUUUUAGGUAUUGUCACUGAAGUUAAAUUAUUCAUUCCAAGGUGUAGGCAGAAAAAUUGGGGAUAUCAGUACUCCCUACAAUGUCCCUGGCCAAGCCUGUAAGAAAACAACUGAUGGUCAAUGCCAAAGUAGUUAUUACACAUGUUACAAAGUAUUUAUUCUGCAAUAUUUAACUUAGUUUUCAACCGUUACUCACAUACAAUUUUGUUUCUUUACACUUAAAUUAUCCAAAUUUAACCUCAUUCGCCGACAUCGGUCCAAUUUGAGGUGUGAUUAAAUUUCGUCAAACUUUA